UCCAAGAUGGCGACUUGUAGACGCUUUCAUCGUAGAAAUCCUGUUUWUAUUUGGUUGGAGUUACUAAACACAAAUCUAAUGCUGUGACGAUCUACUUAAGAAAUGAGUACAGGAAUCAGUCAAGUUGGUUUUGAUCCAAAGGUGCUAGAAGAUGAAGAGGAGGCUGAUUAUCAGCAGGAAGAGCAAGAAAGAGAACAAGAGAUCCGUAAUCUAAUAAUCAAUGAGCUUGAUGAUAAUCUACUAGAUGAUGAAAACGCUUCAUUCUCGUCACAUGAUUAUCGUAGUACAUCAAACAGUCGUGCAAGUCAACAAUUAAACGACUCAGACUUGCAAAUAAAGGAAUGGAAUAGCAAUGAAUAUGCUGACUUCCCUCCAAGACGUGGAGUCUUUGAGAAACCACCAUUAAUGACGGGAAGAGCUAAUGACUUUAUCAGCCAGACUGGUGACAAACACCAGCAACCAUUAGGGUAUAUGAGUUAUAACCAAGACGACCAACAGUCCAGGAAUUAUCAAACAUAUGACCAGGAAUGGCAACAUCCCUCUAAUUAUAUGACAUAUAACCAAAGUACAGACCAACUCCCUGGUGGUUAUAACCAACAUACACACCAACUACCUAUAGAUUAUAACCAGACCUCAGGCCAACACCCUAUAGAUUAUAACCAGCCCUCGGGCCAACACCCUAUUGAUUAUAACCAACCCUCUGGCCAACACCCUAUUGAUUAUAACCAGCCCUCAGGCCAACACCCUAUUGAUUACAACCAACCCUCUGGCCAACACCGUAGUAGUUAUAGCCAUGAAAACAAAGAAUAUCAAGAAUAUGAAGAAUUUGGAAGUUACCAUGGUAAUAGUACAGAUACAAAUAGUAAUGAUGGAGUUACCAAUCAGAACAAAGACCAGUUAUACGCAGCAAAUAAUUACAAUAAGCAUAAAAACUACGGUGAUUCAUAUCCUACAGAUGGUGAUGGGUAUUAUGGAGGUAGUCAACAAGAACCAACUGACUCGUAUCAGAGAGAAGCAUCAUUUCCUGGAAACUACAGAGUGCAGUAUGUACCAGGAUACAGACCACAGAAUACAGCACACACAGACCAGGAACAAAGACUACAGCYUGGUUCAUCGCUACAACAGUAUUCACCUAAUACUGUMUGGAGAGAUUUGAGACAAGGRACCACUACAGAUGACCAUAGUACAGUAGAUAAUAAGGACAACAGACCAGAACAGUUUGUAGAAUCAACAGAAAGAACUUCCAAUACAGCACAGCUACARAUUCUGUAUCAAGCAAGAGGAAGGAAGAUAGAAGAAUUAAGUGAAAAGUUGAAUGAACGAGAGGAAGAAUUGGGACGGCAAAUAAGAGUCCUUAAUCAUCAGCUAGUCAUGCUUAAAGAUGAUCAUAAAGGAGUGAGUGACAGUCUAUCACAAUCCCAAGAGAUAGUUAAAGACAAACAACAAGAAAUUACAACCAUUCAAAAUAAACUGAAUAUAUCUAUCAAAGACAAUGAACUACUGAACAAAGAAAAACAAGAAUUACUGGAAAAAUUCAACGCUGCUAACUCUACCAUAGACUGUUUCAAUGAACAGUUAACCCAGUUAAGUAGGGCAGAUUCCCUGGCUAAAGCUAGAGAACAACAUGAAACUAUCUUGAACACUGUCAGGCAGAGGCAAGAAGAAGAAAUAUUGAGACUUAAACAAAAGCUAGAUGACAGCCAAGUGGCACUCAAUUGGAAGACUGAGGAAGCGAACAGGUUGAGAGGAGAAGUCAUGGAGAAGGCAGACAUCAUUAACAGAUUGAAUAGAACUUUAGAUGAUAGUCAACGACAAUGUCAAGAACUCUUAAAGACAGGUACUGUGACUGAAAUUACAAACCUMCGCACACAGCUACAAGACACCAUUAGUGCUAAGAGCAAAGUGGAUUUAAACUGUACUUCUUUAAAGAGUGAAAUUAACAGUCUAAAGGAGGAGUUAGUAAUAUACCAGAAUGCUCUUAAACAUGGAUAUGGUGARCAAACCYCAGAGUCUUUCAAGGGUCAAGAUAUUGUCAGGAAUCUUAACAGUGAGAAUUGGUCCACUCCAAAAACACACGGUAAUGACAAGCAAAGGGAWGCUAUCUCUGGUUUAAGGAAAGAACUGGAACACAGUUUAUCAUUGAAUCASACCAAAAACCAGACAAUUAAAGACCUUGAAAAGGCAUUGGAAGAAGCAACAGAASAACUGAAUGAAGAGAAAAAGAAAGGAGAAAGAUUGGAGAAAAUUAUAGUUGAACAAGAGGUCAAAGUCAAUGAUCUUAAAGCACAGUUAAGUGACAAGACUCCUCAUGAUGACCCAGAAAGUGAUUUAGUAAAGACAUUGCAAGAACUAAAAGAAAGAAACCAGGUACAAUACCAGUACAAUACCAGUUUGUNAAAAACACAAAUGGCAGAGAUGGUAGCAGAAUUUGAUGAAGACAAAAGGAUCAGCCUUGAUAAAUGUAGAGACGCUUGUCUGCAGCUUCAYGAGGACUCCAAAGAGCAACUAAGGAUACAAUUAGACCAAGAAAAGGAGCUCGCUUUAAAGGACUUGAGGGAUGCUCUACAAGACUCUAAUGAUGAGCUUUUGCGCGUCAAGGAAUCGUAUCUUCAGCUUAGUGAGGAAUUCCGUAAUAUUGAGARUAGAGUAAGAGAAGAACUGAAAGAAAGCAAGGAUGAGUCACAAGCUGUCGAAGCAAUGAAGUAUUUCCUUGAGAAGCAGCAUGCUUUGGACAUAGAGAAAGCUCGCAAGCAAUGGAAAGAUGAACAUGAUGUUGAAGUAACAAGAAUCGUUAACGAAGAAACAACAAAGAUAAGAAAACAAGCUGAUGAGGAAAAAGCUAGAGAGAUUGAGAAGAAAUUACAAGAAGCUGAGACAAAAUCGAGUCAACGAGAUGCUAUCGAAUUAGAUAACCGACUUUCCUCAGCCAAGAAAGAAUGGAUCCAAGAACAAGAACAGCAAAUGAUAGACAGAAUAACGAAAGCAGUGGAGGAAGCAAGAAAAACAUGGCAUGAACUACAACAGAAAGACGUCAAAGAACAAAUAGAAAAAGCUAUWAAUGAUGCCAAGAAGACCUUCRUGGAGUCACGUGACCGUGAARUAGCCCAGGCCCUCUCAGACGCUAAAGUCACGUGGMAAAAGGAAGAASAUGAAGCAAAACAAAGAGAAAUUGAACAUGAARUCGAAGUAGCRGUAACAAAUGCUGUUGCUGAAGCYAAACAACUAUGGGACAAGACYAAUMAUGUUACUUGACGGCAAACUUGAUCUUAAUCGCGAAUUUUUACUAAUGAACAGGAAAAAGGUCGUAUCGUGCAUGAACARCAAGCCAUUGAGUCAGCAGUAGCGUUARCCGAGGUGAAAUGGCUUGAACAAGAACAAGUCAAGAUAUCUCGUGCUGUAGACAGUGCUGUUCAURCUGCUAAAUCAUCGUGGGAACAUGACAAACAACGAGAAAUAGCACGUGCUGUAGCCGAGGCGCGUCACCACUGGCAGGUCAACCARGAUGAGGAGUUAAAUAAAGCAUUAGAAGARGCUAGUGCACAACUCGUGGAUAAGUUUGAUGAAGAAAAACGAGAGGCAGUUGAAAUGGCUUUGAGAGAGGCCAAGACUUUGUGGCAUCGACAUCACGAUCAAAACAACAACGCAAACAUUGAAGCUAUCAGAAAUGAAUUAUGGUCAGAAUUUGAAGAMACAAAACGAAAAGAAKUUCAAGAAACAAUYGAGGAAGAACGGAACAGAUUUAUGGAAGAACACGAGAAGGAAAAACAAGAAGAAAUCAAUCGAGCCAUAGAGUACCUAGAGUCCCAUUAUGCUAAGGGCUUGGAGGAGUUUAAACAUAAGGAGCUCAGGACCGUUCUUUCUGARGCCCGUGCAGAGUGGGAGAAAGAACAAGAAUCAGAAGUUGAGGAGAUUUUGAAGAAAAGAAUUGACCUUGCUCGUGACGAUUGGUUUAAGUCCCUCGACACUUCCUCGCGUACCGAAGUUGACCGUGCGCUAGCCACAGCACGAGAGGCCUGGGCAGCAGAGUACGAAGAUGAGCUUGAAGACCGAGUGAAUGCCGAGAUARCCCGAAUACGAGAGAAUCUUUUGAAUGAAAUGGAAGACUCUAAGAGAAAAGAGAUCGAUGAAGCUAUACUUACSUGUAGAAAACAAUAUGAAAGCAACGAACGAAAACUAAAAGAUGAACUAACCCGACUCAAGGUAAUGGGGCCACCACAGUCACUACGCAAACACUAUGAAAAUGAAAUAUCAAAACUCAACCUUCACCAUCAAAAAGAGCUUGAGCRGUUACGAGAAGAGCACGACGAACACACGAGGGUUUUACGAGAGUCAGUCGAAGAAGAAUUUGACCAAAAGCUCGUGGCGGUAUUACAUGACGCGAAGCAACUAUGGGAAGAUGAACAGGAAGAAGACAGAAUUCAAGUUGAAGACCAACACAAAGAAAAAAUCAAAUCCGUCCUAGAAAACGCUCGAGAACAGUUUCUUAAAGAUCAAGAAAAAGCUGUUAAAGCAGCGACAGAAACAGCAACAAACAGACAGAAAGAACUACUGAAAAUUGAGAAAGAAACACACAAAUUGACUGUGGAAAGAAUGAAGGAGGAAUUGACAAAAACCAAACAAAAACACGAAGAACAACUACAACUUGUUGAAAGAAAACAUGCAGAUGAGAUGAAGACUUUGACGAGUGCUUUGAAUGAUAGAAAAGAAAAUGGAACACAGACUCCAUCAAAUGUAGAAAGCCACAGUAUUUGUGACAGUAGUCUGGGAAGCCUUGAUCAACUUACUGCAAUGAAGACAAUGCACGAGUUGCGUGACAGUUACCUGGAUACCGUUGCUAAGAUACGUGAUGACGUUCCCAAGGAACCAUAUAUAAGUGGGCGUGGGGAGUCAUAUGUCAAUGUGCCAAAGGAGCUUUAUAUCGUUGGUAAWAAGGAAACKUAUAUMUCUGUGCCUGAUGGUGGUCGUAUUAAGGAACAGUCYCGGCCUGGAGGUUAUGGUCCUGAUGGCGCUAGUGACUCGCCCAGGCCCUCUCCUAGUGAUAAACCACAGGGAUUCCGCGAAUUAAACCAUGAUGUCAUAAGUCAAGACACUACAAKAGGUAGUCAAACAGUUACAUUAUGGCCUGAAAAAGAUUGGACCAAUAAAACCACAGAUCAAGUCACUUUAUCAAAACCGCCGUCAAUACAAAGAAGAUUUGCGGGCUCACCAGCGUUAUCUGUGACGUCAAUUGAAUCUGAAUAUACGGACCUUCCUUCAGUUAGUCGUCCUAGUAAMAAAACAAAUGUUGCUAUGGUAACACCGACGUCACCUWCGACAUCAUCAAAGACAAAACUUGAUGAUGUAAAGGCACGUGYGUUGGCGAGAAACAACRAAAAAAGUGUARUUAAGCCUAUAUCGAUUAGUGCCACACAGAGAGGGACUGGGACAGUACGAAACUUAACCAAUGACAAUAGAGGAUAUAAAUCACGUGAUAAGUAUAUAAAAAAUAMCUCACCUUUGCCUUCUAGACCGCAUGUACUUAUUAACGGUCGAACAUCUAGUACGAGCUGAGAUAGAUGUAUACCAUUACCUAGUUGAGUUUGAUGGUGCAAGAUGUAACGCAUUCUUUUGUGUUGUGUGACAUUGAAAGAGUAUUGAUUGAAAGCGUGACAUCAAGACAGAUAUUUAUUAAAUGCUAUUUAUUAAAAUAAACUUUUUAUAUAUCUGCGGCCCUGGUUAAACUCUUUACUUGAAAGUAUGAACGAGAACUAGUUUUGUAAAAUUGGUUGGAAAGUGAAUAAAACUGCAAACAAGACGAAAGGAGGAAUCCUUGCUGA